GGCAGCUGUAUUACUUUUCACGGACAACUAUUUCUUUUCCAUUCCGUUUCUUUUGCCUUUCUUUUUCCAUGCAAUUUUUCUUCACCAAACUAUGUCCAUUGACAACAACAGCCACCACCCUGUUCCGUCCGACGCCGUCUCCGGAGGCGCCGGAUCGGCAUUGAUCUUUCUUGGGACCGGGUGUUCCAGCAUGGUCCCAAACCUGAUGUGCCUGCUCCAGCCAGCAGAUCCUCCCUGCACCGUCUGUUUCCAGGCAUUGUCGGUCCCACCUGAGCGCAACCCUAAUUACAGGUGCAAUACAUCCCUUCUAAUUGAUUAUUGCCAAAGUGAUGGUAAACACAACUAUAUAUUGAUUGAUGUUGGGAAGACAUUUCGGGAGACAGUACUUAGAUGGUUUACUUUCCAUAAGAUUCCAAGAGUUGAUUCUAUUAUUUUGACUCACGAACAUGCUGAUGCAGUCCUUGGAUUGGAUGAUAUGCGUGCUGUACAGCCAUUUAGUCCUACAAAUGAUAUUGAUCCCACGCCCAUAUAUUUAAGUCGUCACUCUAUGGAUAGUAUAGCAGAGAAGUUCCCUUAUUUGGUUCACAAGAAACAGAAGGAAGGGCAAGAAAUAAGAAGAGUGGCUCAGAUGGACUGGAAUAUAAUUAGCGAUGACUGCAAGCAACCAUUUCAUGCAUCAGGCUUGAAGUUUAUUCCUCUACCAAUUAUGCAUGGGGAGGACUACAUCUGUUUGGGCUUUCUUUUUGGUGAGAAAAACAAGGUGGCUUAUAUAUCUGAUGUUUCACGGAUCCCUGCUAGCACAGAAUAUGUCAUUUCAAAAAGUGGAUCUGGGCAGUUGGAUCUUCUUAUACUGGACGCUCUAUACAAGACUGGAUCUCAUAACGUGCACUUUUGUCUUCCGCAGGCUCUUGAAGCUGUGAAGAAAUUAUGUCCCAAGCAGACCCUAUUUAUUGGAAUGACUCACGAAUUUGAUUACCACAAGGACAAUGAAUACUUGAUGGAGUGGUCCAAAAGGGAGGGAAUUCCAGUUCAGCUUGCACGUGAUGGUUUGAGAGUCCCCAUAGACUUAUAGAUGUCUUGCCCUUUUUGGAAUGGGUGGCCCUCCUAGAUAAGCACAUUGUGGCAUACUAUGACAUUUUUCCCUUUCUGUUUGAUAAUUGCGAGCUUAAUGGCAUGUCGCCAUUAACUUAGCUGUAGGCGUAUCAUUUAUGAAAUUGCCUUCUGUAUCAUUAACACAGGAUGGAAAGCUCUCCUUUUUUCCAUCCACAUUCACAUAGCAAUAAUGAGAAAUACAUUUCCAUUU